AUGGCUCGCCCGAAGAAGGUCGUUGAGGAGCGCAAGGCCACCACUGGCAAAACUGCCAAGGACGCAGGCAAGAAGGUGAUGAAGAAGAAGCCGGCCGCCGGUGGCGUCAAGCGCCCGCUGAACGCUUACCUGCUCUUUUCGAUGGACGAACGCGCCAAAGCUCCCUCUGUCAAACUCACCGUGCAGGAGAUUGGGCAGCGCUGGAAGCAAAUCGAUCCAGCUAUCAAGGCAAACUACGAAGCCCAGGCUAAGGAGGCUCGCGAGAACUUCGCCGCCGGCAACCCGUCGAAGCCAGCCGAGAAGAAGGUGGCCCAGAAGAAGGUGGAGGAAGCCAUUCCCAAUGGUGACGACCUCUCCUCCGAGGAAUCUAUGGACGAGGAGGAGAGCGAUGACAACUGA